GUUAACAGUUGUCGUGGUACGUUGCUCAUCAUCACAUGUGAAUUUACGGUGAAGAGGAGUACAAAAAAACACACAAAAUCUUUGUAUUGUUUAGUGUCAAAAUAAAGCCAGAAAAAAGCUUAAUUUUUUAAAGAAAAAAAAUUCAAAUAAAAAUAGAAAUAAAUACAAAAGUCAGCUGUUCGAAACGUAUUUUUUUAUACCUGCAACAAAAUAAUAUAAAUUUUUAUAAAAAAUUUAAAAAAAUAUUUAAAACUAAUUUAAGUUAAAUUUUUCGGUUUUUUCUACAACAGCACACGGUUUAAAUUUUAAUUAUAAUUAAAUAACGUUCUUCAAAAGAAAUAAACGUUAUUAUUUGAAGUUUAGUGGAUAAAAUAACCAAAAAAAAGUGUCAUUGCUAAUAAACAACCACAAAAAAUUAAAAAUUCCUUUAAACAAGCAGAUAUCACUCAUACGUCUAGAGGUCCCUUAUGUAGAAAAAACUAAACGUAAAGAAAGAACGAAAUAAAAAGCACACGGUUUAAAUUUUAAUUAUAAUUAAAUAACGUUCUUCAAAAGAAAUAAAACGUUAUUAUUUGAAGUUUAGUGGAUAAAAUAACCAAAAAAAAGUGUCAUUGCUAAUAAACAACCACAAAAAAUUAAAAAUUCCUUUAAACAAGCAGAUAUCACUCAUACGUCUAGAGGUCCCUUAUGUAGAAAAAACUAAACGUAAAGAAAAGAACGAAAUAAAAAGAUCAUUAAUUAAACAACAACUACGUAUAAGAUUUUUUUCCCACAAACCAACAAAGAAAAGAAAUUCCAAAUCGACAAAUUAUAAAACAAACAUCUCACAAGUAGAAUCUAGAAAAUACAGAAACAGAAAAGACAAAACGUUGCCAAAGAAAAAAAAUAACAUCAACUAAAAACAAACAAAAUUUUUAAAAAUUCAAGCCGAACAAAAAGAAUUUUUACAAUAAAUACACCAAAAACUACAACAAAACAUCUACGAAACUAUUACAACAUAAUACGCUUAUAUAUUCUUUAAAGUCAAAUAGUCAGUCAUUCUAACAGACAGUUAAACAAACAAACAGUCAUUGCAGUCAUAUUAAAAUAAUUUAAAUAUUUUGUAGAUAAAACAUCCUAAAGAUAAACCAAAUCAACCAACCUUUACAGUUUAUAAAUAAAUUAAUGUAAUUAGCAGAGAAAAUAACAAACAAACAAACAAAGAAAUCAAUUGCGACAACUAAAAUACUUCAUUAUAAAUUAUCACAGUGAUAUUUGUAACUAUUUAACAACAAUAACAACAACGACAAAACCACAAAAACAACAACAAAAAUGCAUAUUGAAAUACAAGUUGCAUUAAAUUUCGUCAUUUCAUAUUUGUACAAUAAACUGCCCAGGAGGCGUGUAAAUAUAUUCGGUGAAGAGUUGGAAAAAGCAUUACGAGAUAAAUUCCAAGGACAUUGGUAUCCUGAAAAGCCCUUCAAGGGUUCUGCAUUUCGUUGCCUUAAAACAGGCGAUCCUAUUGAUUCCGUUUUGGAGCGUGCCGCUCGCGAGAGUGGCGUGCCCAUAACAGAUAUUCUAGAAAAUCUUCCAAAUGAACUGUCCGUAUGGGUGGACCCCGGAGAGGUGUCGUAUCGCAUUGGGGAAAAGGGCUCCGUUAAGAUUCUCUAUUCCGAGAAUAGCGACAAUCAAGAGGAUAACUCCUCUGCCGAUGGAGAGGUUAAUAAAACAUUUAAUCCUGAAGCUCAAUGCUUUCGUCCCAUCGAUGCCGUUAACACGAGCAUGAAUAAUUUGAGUUUAAGUCCCAAGACUUCGCCUCUGGCUGGUUCAUCACCCUUAUCGGCUUCUUCGAAUUCUCCCACUUAUAAGGGUAGUCCCAAUCCGGUGGCUGCUGCUGUUCUAAAUGGCGGUUCCUUUUUGCAACGUUCACAGGCACCAUUGACUUUUACCACGGCCACAUUUGCUCAAACGAAGUUUGGUUCAACCAAAUUGAAGACAAACUCCAAAAGAACUAACAACACUUCAUAUCGCAUGUCCCCCACUGAAUUCUCCAACUAUAUAAAACAACGUGCCAUGCAGCAGCAACAAAUCCAUCACGGCCAUGGACACUCACCCAAUGGUAGCAGUGGACAACCUGGUAAUCAUUUCGGACCCAUUGGUCCCGUCUCACCAGCACGUUCUCUAUCGCCCAAUCCCCUGUCAUUGGGUUUGACUCAGAAUGGUACUGCAGCUAAUGGUGAUCCCUUCUAUUUUCCCAACAUGGCCAUGGGCAUGUAUCCACAGUUUAAUAAUCAUCAUCGUAAUUUGUUCGAUACACAUUUUCAUGCUGACAACAAUGGUUUGUAUGGUCAUGGUAAUAAUGGUGUGGCUGGCCAUGGUAAAUUUAAUAACUAUUUGGAACCACAUGGUUUCUAUGGUAUGGGUGCAGGUAAUCAUAUGCCACCACACCAACAGCAACCACAAUCACCCAUUGGCCUGAAUGGUCAACAGCAACAGCAGCAACAACAACAUCCAGUGGGUGUUGUGGGUAAUGCUGCGGGUAAUAUGAAAACUUCAAAUGAAAAUAUAAGUAAUAGUAGUGUUAAUGCUAAGGAGAAUGCGGGCAACAAUAAUAAUGCUGCCAAUAUAACGGUAACCGUGACCAAUGGCUCGGUUAAUGGCUCCGAAAGUAAUGGAGCCGUUAGUCCUAUUCCAUCAACAGGUUCGGCUACCGCCGCCAAUCAAGCUACAAAUACUGAAAGACAAAGUGCCGCUAAUGCUGUAGCUGCUGUAGCAGCAGCUACUGUUGCUGCUGCCGCUUCCUCCACAGCUAAUAGCAAUAAUUCUCAAGAUUCUGGAAAUAAUGCUGCUGCUACAGCUGCCUCCAACUCGAAAUUGAUUGAUGGUCUCAAUUCAUUCUAUUCCAAUACCACUGGCUCCUAUCAACAAUUAUUAGUUGCCAAUUAAAAAUCACUUUUACACUCACAAAAACAAAGAGUCCUUUAAACCAAAAAUAUGAAAAAA